UGCAGCGAAUGAGAGGUAGAACUGCAACUGCAUUCGUCAAGAUGAACGCUCAAGUGUUGGCACUAGUGUCUGUUGAGGCUCUUCUCGUGGCACUUGCCGCGGGUGCCUCCAUCGGGGGUUUCAUGGGUCUGGAUAAGGAUUCGCUGUCAACCGCGGGAGAAAUAGUUUUUCCAAAAAUACCUGGCAUCAACAAACCUCUUCUAUCCAACUUGUCUGACAUCAUUGAACAAUUAUCCGGCUUGAAAUCGGCCAAAAAUUCAACCGGAAACGACUCCACAGAUGGCCAAACGAACUCAACAUCUAAACAAGGCCUUCCGAAACUCCCGAGCCUGUCCGAUCUCAUCCCGAAAAUCCCUGCAAUAAAGGACCCUUCCAGCGUCUUGCUUCCAAACAUUCCACGUCUGCCCAACAUCUCGGACGUUGCAAAUUCACCAGAACUGGCCGCUGCCCUCGAGAAGGCCCGAAACGCGACCGCGGCUGCUAUAGGUCACGGUUCUGAUCUAAUCUCCGGUAUACACAAAGCAAUGGACCAGGCUAUUCGAAGCUUGAAUCCCACGCAAGCGAUGCGCAGUUUGGUCGAUACUAUUCUAAAAACUUAUCAAGCUGUGGCAAAGUCCUGCCCAACGAUAGCUAUCGGUAUCAAAGUUCUUACCGAGGGUAUACGACUGUCGUUCGAGGUAGGAAAAUCUAUCAAAAAUAUAAUUUUGACAUAAAACUGUUAAAAUGUAAUCGAUACGAUGGUAUAACCAGUGGAAUUUAUCAGGAAACCGUAACAUAAAGUAUGUGUAUACAAUAAAUAAAUAUUACUGCA